AUUAUUUCUUUUCUUUUUCCUCAAAGAAAGAAAGAAAGAAAUUGGCAGAAGAAUGCGAAACACAAGGAUCCAGCUGUAACACGGAAAAACAGGUGUUUGGGAAGCAAAAGAGAAUGAAAACCGAAAACAUAACUCAAGUGGAAGAAGAGAAGCACUCCUUUUCCUUCCAGCACACUGAUCAUUCUGAACCUCUAACCUCAGAACCAAAUAACAUGGAGUGCGCCGGCUGUGGGGAAGUGUGCAAAUGUCACGCACAGUUAAACAUAGAUGCCGAUCCUCACAAAGGAGGUAAACCAUACAAAUGCAUGGAAUGUGGAAUGAAUUUUAGUCAGUCCAGUUAUUUAAAGUCACAUGAAAAAACACACACAGGGGAGAAACCACAUAAAUGCAUGGAAUGUGGAAAGGGCUUCAGCAAAAAAGCAAAUCUACAAGUACAUCAGAGAAUACACACAGGAGAGAAGCCAUACCAAUGCAUGGACUGCGGAAAGAGCUUCAGCGAUGGUGGAUCAUAUAGUAAACAUCUAAGAGUUCACACAGGAGAAAAACCAUAUAUAUGUAUGGAAUGUGGAAAGACCUUCAGUAACCGUACACAACUUUGUGGACAUCAAAGAACCCACACAGGGGAGAAACCAUACAGAUGCAUGGAAUGUGGAAAGGGCUUCAGUGAGAAUGCAAAUCUACGUAGACAUCAAAGAACACACACAGGAGAGAAGCCAUACGAAUGCAUGGAAUGUGGAAUGAGCUUCAGUUACAGUGGAAGUCUACGUUCGCACCAAAGGACCCACACAGGAGAGAAACCCUAUGAAUGCAUGGAAUGUGGAAAGAGCUUCACUCGGAAUUCAGCUCUCCGUGUACAUCAGAAAAGACACACAGGGGAGAAACCACACAAAUGCAUGGAAUGUGGGAAGAGCUUCCGUCAAAGAGAACAACUGCAUUUACAUCAAUACACCCAUACAGGGGAGAAGCCAUAUGAAUGCACGGAAUGUGGAAAGAGCUUCAGUAAUAGGAAAGCAUGGAAUCUACAUCUCAGGACUCACUUGGGUGAGAAGCCGUACAAAUGCGUGGAAUGCGAUAAAACCUUCCGGUGCAGUUCAAAUCUACAGUCACAUAAAAAAUCUCACAGAGAAGAGAAACCAUACAAAUGCAUGGUGUGUGAAAAGCAUUUCAGUCGGGCUUGUCAUCUGCGCGUACAUGAAAGAACGCAUUCUGGAGACAAACCCUAUAAAUGCAUGGAAUGUGGAAAGAGCUUCAGUCAGAUGGCAAAUCUACGUGUCCAUGAAAGGACACACACAGGGGAGAGACCAUAUGAAUGCAUAGAAUGUGGAAUGGGCUUCUGUGAUAGUGGCUCAUGUAAUAAACAUCUAAGGACCCACACAGGGGAGAAACCAUAUGAAUGCGUGGAAUGUGGAAAGAGUUUCAGUUGCAGUUCUAAUCUACAUGCACAUCAAAGAACCCACACAGGGGAGAAACCGCAUGAAUGCAAGGAAUGUGGAAUGAGCUUCUCUACUAGUAGCAGUUUGCAGUCGCAUCAAAAAACCCACACUGGGGAGAAACUGCAUGAAUGCAUGGAGUGUGGAAAGAGCUUCUCUCACGGUUACACUUUGCAAGCACAUCAAAGAACCCACACAGGAGAUAAACCAUAUCAAUGCAUGGAGUGUGGAAAGAGCUUCAGGAGCAGUGGACAUUUGCGUGCCCAUCUUAGGACCCACACAGGGGAAAAGCCAUAUAAAUGCAUGGAGUGUGGAAAGGCCUUCAGCAGAAGUGGAAAUUUGCAUGCCCAUCAUAGGACCCACACAGGGGAAAAACCAUAUGAAUGCACGGAGUGUGGAAAGAGCUUCAGGGACAUUGGACAUUUGCAUGCCCAUCACAGGACCCACAUGGGAAAAACCACAUAAAUGUAUGGAAUGUGGAAAGGCCUUCAACAGAAGUUGCUCAUACAGUAAAUAUCUAAG